CACAAAUGUGAUGCCGCGCCGGUCACUGUUCCCCCAGCCCCAUCCCGAUUUUAACCUCCUCCCCUCGCACUGACCAAAACCAUGAUUUGCCUCAGAGCCAUCCCCUCCCCUCGACUCCUCCACCUACCCCUACCCCGCCUCGCCUCCUCCCCGCUCCGCCGCCUCAGGCCCUCCGCCGCAGCCAUGUCCUCCUCCCCCUCCGUCGCCGCGCCCACCGUAGCGGCACCGGUCGAGCACAUCGUGCUCAUCAAGGUCCGCCCGGAGGCCGUGGCCUCGGGGGCCGCCGCGGCGAUGGUCUCCGCGCUGCAGGCGCUCUCCACGCUCGUCCCGGGGGUCUCCUACAUCCACGCGGGCCCCGUGCUCCGCCUCCGCUCCCCGGCCGCCGAGGCGCUGGGCCCCACCCACCUCCUCCACUCCCGCUACGCCACCAAGGCCGACCUCGCCGCCUACGCCCCGCACCCGGCCCACGUGGCCGCCGUGCAGGCGCACGUCGCCCCCAACGCGCUCGACGCCACCGCCGUUGACUGGGUCAACGCCGCGGGCGCCCCGUCCCCCGUCGCCCCCGGCGCCGCCGUGCGCCUCACCCUCGCCAAGGUCAAGGAGGGCGUGGAGGUCGGGCAGCUCGUCGAGAAGGUGGCCGCGGCCACCAAGGACGCCGGCGAGACCAGCGGCGCCAAGGUCAGCUUCGGGGAGAACUUCUCCCCCGCGCGGGCCAAGGGGUACCAGUUCGGGAUGGUGGCCGUGUUCGGGAGCGUCGAGGAGCUGGACGCCGUGGAGGGCGACGGCAAGGUGGAGGAGGCCAAGGCCGCCCUCAGGCCCAUGCUCGACGAGGUCAUGGUGCUGGACUUCGUCGUCGACGCUCCGGCGGCCGCGAGCCUCUGAUGGGGGGUUUCAGGUUGAUUUCGGAUCCGAGUGUGCUGCCGAUUUGGGAAUAAUGGAGUCCUUUGUGAUAUCUGUAUCGAUCUUGAGAUGAAUAACAAUCAAUUGAUGUGCCUGUUGUGUGCUCCCAAGUUUUUACAUGCCGAUGCAUCCGGCAGUUGGUACUCCAGUUUCUAAUACCAGGAAUCAGGAACCAAGCGGCAGUCUCUAAUGAUUGUGCCAUUUGUUCACAACCCUUCUCAUCGCUAAACAUGUGAUAUUAAGCA